AUGGAGACAGACAUUUCACAAGCCUUCCAGAAAGAACUCACAUGCUUCAUCUGUCUGAGCUGCCUUACAGAGCCAGUCACCAUAAGCUGUGGCCACAGCUUCUGUCGAGCCUGCCUCCACCUUUCCUGGGAAGACAUCCAACUUCCUGUCCAAUGCCCUAUGUGUAGGGAACCAUCUCAGAAGGACUUGAGAACUAACAUUGUUCUGAAGAAACUGGUGUCCAUUACCAGACAAACCAGCCUCAUGAAGGACCUGAGCUCUGAGGAGCAUAAGUGUACGAUGCACAAAGAGACAAAGAGGAUCUUCUGUACUGAGAAUAGGAUCUUCCUCUGUCAACUCUGCUCUCACUCCCAUGAGCACAGAGGACACAGACACUGUCCCAUUGAAGCAGCUUCUGAGAGUCAAAUGGAAAGACUUGUAAAGCAAAUGGCAUCUUUAUGGAGGAAGAUCCAAGAAAAUCAAGAGGACUACCUGACUCUGCGGGAACAAAUGAUCAGGACAGAGUAUACAAAACUGCACCCACUCCUCUGUGAAGAGGAAGUGCAACACAUCGAGUCUAUGAGAAAUGAAGGCCAAUAUGUUUUAGAGAAACUCAGGACAAGUGUAGCCAUCAUGAUCCAAAAGAGUAAAGAAAUAAGAGAAAUGUACCAAGAGCUGAUGGCAAUGUCCCAGGAGCCAUAUGUGGUUCUGCUGCAAGAUUUGGAUGACAUGUUCAGAAGAUUCAGCUUCAGACUUCACCAUAAGGACACACCUGCAGAUUCUGCUGGAUUUUAUUUUGCUUCCUGGGGAUCACAGAGCUUCAUCUCAGGGAAAUAUUACUGGGAGAUUGAUUUGAAGGACUCUUGUGAAUGGGCUGUGGGAGUCUGUAAGAAUUCCCAGUUAAGGAGUAGAAACCAAAUGAUUGAAUCUGAGGGUGCAUUUCUUCUUGUGUGUGUGAAGGAGGGUAAUCAUUACAGUCUCCUCACCAUAUGCCCUGUAAUCCGGCACUACAUAGAGAAGCCAUUGGGCCAGGUUGGUGUGCUUCUUGAUUGUGAGGAUGGUUGUUUAAGCUUCCUAAAUGUUACCAAGAGUUCCCUCAUAUACAGGUAUCCUCCUGGCACCUUCAAUUACCCUGUCAGGCCUUGCAUAUCCAGUGGCCACACAUGGUCAUAG